AUGUCCGGAAUAGUCAUCCGUGAUUACGACGUCCGCUGGACGGAAACGUUCGAAAAGCUUCGACAGCAAAUCUUAACCACACUGGGUGGCCUGAUCCAGGGCGUAGAGCACGUCGGCAGUACGUCAGUCCCAGGAUUGCCAGCCAAACCAAUCAUCGACUUGGAUGUCAUUAUAGCAAACAAGGACAAACUCGACAGUGUAAUCAGCGGUUUGGCGACGCUAGGCUAUAGCCACGAAGGUGAUCUAGGAAUUCCGGGCCGGGAGGCAUUUGCAACUCCGGCAGGCGCUCCGGCACACCACUUGUAUGUUUGUGUACAAGAUAACGCAGAACUGCUGCGGCACAUUGCAUUCCGGGACUACUUACGUGCAAACCCGGAGAUGGCUCUGGAAUAUGGGGAACUGAAAAGGAUAUUGGCAGCGAAACAUGGCACAAACCGGGGAGCUUAUGCUGAAGAUAAGAGCAAGUUUAGUCUUGGUGUUUUGGAGCUGGCUGCCAAGGAAUGA